UAUUGACCCCUCGACAGACGUAUUUAAAGGGCUGCUCCCUAUUGGCUGUAAUCCAAAAUUCCAUUAGCAGCUUCUGCCUUCUUGAUAACCACACAAACACCAUCGAUCGAACAACCCUAAGCUAACUUAUCACAGGAAAAGAUGUUGAAUGGACGAAACCAAAUCCGCUUCAUUACAAUCAUCUUGUCACUAACAAUCAUCCUGAUGGUGACAAUGAUCGGAGGCUGUGACGGAUCAUUCAUAGCAGCAUGCAAUGGCAGCACUGUGGCGGAGUGUGGCCAGCAGGUUAUUGAGGAUGAAGAGCAAGAGUUUCUGAUGGAUACAGAAGAACAUAGGCGGAUUCUGUAUGGGAAAAUAGAUAGGCAUCUCGUUGGUGCUGCUCAAAAGCCUCAUAAUCCGGCUUGUAAAAACAACUGCUCCGGAGACAAAAAAUAUAAUGUUAAUGGUCGGCCAUGCAAAACUUACGAUCGUUGUAGGUCAUGAUCUCGAUUCUGGAGGGGUUUUAGUUGUUGUUUAUUGUUUUAAACGUUGUGUAUAAGGAUUGGUAUAUGAGUGAUGCUUUGUUUUACGUACCACUUCAAUGUCCAAUGAAAUAAAGUUUUAUUGUUCGUCGGAAA